ACGGUUAGAUAUUGAUAAGACCCUGUACAAGGCAGACCGUAGGAGCUUGGGGAGAGGAGAAUAUGCGAGGUGUUGGGAACUGGGUGUGUGUGGUCAGGCGUGGACUAGGAAGGAGAGUUCGCUAUUCCCCGUGUAGAUCUCCUCAGUAUCCUACUGUCCUCGGUCCCAACUUUCCCGACGUUUGGAUUCCCAGCACCAACACCCACCGUCCUCAAUCCUCUGCAAUUUUCCCCAAGGGUCAGACUGCUGCGAUAAUCGAUGGGAAUUUCAUUGCACAUGACAUAAAGUCCAGAAUAGCCGAUGAAAUACGCAGAACGAAGGCAGUCACUGGAAAAUGUCCUGGAUUGGCUGUUGUUUUGGUGGGUAAAAGGAGGGACUCGAGGACUUUCAUUAAUAUAAAGCUAAAAGCUUGUGAAGAAGUUGGAAUUGCAACUCUGAUUGCGGAACUGCCCGAAACCUGCACAGAAAGUGAACUUCUUCAUGUUGUCUCAGGUUUCAACGAGGACACGUCUGUACACGGUAUCAUCGUGCAACUUCCUUUGCCACGACAUUUGGACGAGGAAAAAGUUAUGACUUUUGUGAGUCCAGAAAAAGACGUGGAUGGCUUUCAUCCCCUCAAUAUGGGUAAUCUUGCAAUGAGAGGAAGGGAGCCCCUAUUCGUCCCUUGUGCCCCUAAGGGUUGCCUUGAGCUAUUGCUUAGGUUAGGUGUGGAAAUCAUUGGAAAAAAAUCCGUGGUAAUUGGGAGAAGCAAGAUGGUUGGAUUGCCUACUUCCUUUCUGUUGCAGAGGCACCAUGCAACGGUCACCACUGUGCACGCAUUCACCAAUAACCCAGAACAGAUAACUUCUAAGGCUGACAUUGUAGUCUCAGAUGUUGGAAUCCCAAACAUGGUCCGAGGCAAUUGGCUAAAGCCGGGAGCAGUUGUAAUCGAUAUGGGAAACAAUCUAGUAAAGGCUUAUGGUUGGAAGAGUUAAUGUAUUGACUGAUUGGUCACUUACGAUAUGCAAGAUAGGAUAACUGCAAUAUCCAGAUGGAUGGAUGACACCGAGUAACCCUAUCCUUUGAGGCGACAUUAAUAUGUUUUCAUGAGAUUAGUCCCAAAUGAGAUACAAGCUUCAAGGAGAAAAAUAACUUGCCUUGCAAGUGGUACUUGUUGCUCCAUUCACUGUUUCACUAGUUCCUCCCCAGGAAGUGGUUCCUUAUGUUGCUACUCUUUUGAUGUUGAAUAAUCAGAUGCAGUAAUGAUAAUCUGCAGGACCCGAGUAGUCGCCGUGGAUACCGCGUCACAGGAGAUGUUUGCUAUGAAGAGGCAAUCAAGGUGGUGUCAGCCAUUACACCUGUGCCUGGUGGUGUAGGACCUGUU